AUGUAUACCAUUGGUCUUCCCGCGCAGCGGCAGCGAGUCGAGGCUGACCCUGACACUCGAGCCAACGGAGCGCCUACUCCAACUGCACAAAAGUUCAAGAUCGGCGAGAAGGUCUAUGCAGACAAAGUCUCCCCAGCAAACGCCAAUAUCGAAUUCAAGGUCGCACAAGCCGACUUCAUCGAUGGCGCCUGGGAAUAUCGACUUACUAGCUUCCGCACUACAUCCCCCAAAACCACUAUCACCGUCCCCGAGAAGAACGUAUUCAGAAUACACUACCCCUUCGGCACGCAACUCGAGUACGCGCUAGAGAGCGAUUUGCCUGAAGUCAGGGUCAAGGGAACGGUGAAGAGCUGGGAGUUCGUGGAUGGGAAGGUUAUGUAUGAGGUUGAUGUUGGGCACGGUUGUUGCCAAUUCGUUGAGGCUGAGGAGGACUGGGAAGUUGUUGGGCUGUCGAGUCUGGAGGCGUUCCGGAAGAUGUGGCGGCACGAUAUGAAGUUCAAGAUCGGCGACAAGGUCUACGCAGACGGCAUCAACACAGUACUCGCCAAAAUCGAAUUCCAGGUGGCACAAGCCGACUUCAUUGAUGGUGUGUGGAAGUAUCAGCUCGUCGACCAUGGCAUUGAAGGUUCCAGGCCCACCACCAUCGUCGUUCCCGAGAAGGAUGUAUUCCAGGUCGAGCAUCCCAUCGGAACCCCACUUGCGUAUGAGCUAGAGGUCCAGAUGCCAGUUAUCAAGGGGAAGGCGUCAGUCAUAGGCUGGAAGUACGUGGACGGGGAAGUCAUCUAUGAUAUCGAUAUUGGCCGCAUUCGCAAGACCGUCCAGGCCACGGGCAAAGUCGCCAUUGGUGACUCGACUCUCCAUGCGUGGCAGAAGCUAACUUUCUGGGGCUAUACCGUUGCUAUCGGUCUAUGGCCCAACCUCAAAGUCGAAUGGUUUCCUCAGAUUGUGCAGAUGUCUCAGGCUACUCUCGAAAAGCGCAAAUAA